GAUAUCGAACAAUAAAAGAUUAAGAUGCCAAGAAGAUCUAAUGAUACAACACGUAUAGAGCCAGUGCGCGCUCAACAGAAUUCUUCUAGUAUUCCCUCAUAUUUCCCUCGGUUUCCGCGUAAAUCUUAUUUGGGAAGGUAUGGAACAUCUUUGACUAUGGCAAAAACUUCUAUAGUGGAUUUGGAUGAAUCAGAAACAAAUGAUGUAUUUAAAGACCCUUCUGGUACUUCGAAUGUCGGCUCUUCUAUAUGCCAAAAUGAACUUUCUAUAGUAUUAGAUGAUCAUAGUGAUAAAUUUGUAGAUACGAGUAUAAAUGGGUCAGAAACAAGUAUACAAAGUUUAUCAGAUGAAAAAUCAUUAGAUUCUACAGAUUCUUUUGAGAAGCAGGCGCAUACAGUUUGUGACGAAAAACAAGCUGAUGUUCUUUCAUCAAUCCAGCAAACUGAAUGGAAAAGAGACGCUGUUUUCACAACUAAAGAUGUUAAUAUUGAAGUUAAGGAAAAGGAUAUAUCUAAUAAAAAAGACGAAAUUUUAUCUUUAGAACAGGAAUUACGUGAAGAGAAACAUGUGGAUCAUAAUCAAUUGUAUGAUGAGAAAGAGGAAAUUAACAAUAAAGAAGCAUCGGAAGUUUCUGUUGAUGAAUCUUAUUGUUUACAAAAAAAUGAAGAAAUUGUACAGGAAGAGUCUUGCAAUCAUGUAUCGUUAGACGUAACUGCAGAUGAUAGCUCUUCUGAUAUUCAAGCUUCUCAGAAGGAUCCUCCAUCAUUAGCUGAGGAAUCUUAUAUUUCACUCUCAGUAUAUCCUAAAGGAGAUAAAUUUCCUCCGCCAUCACUUCCUGAUGAUUUUUCUGAACAAGAAAGAGCUUAUGCUAUGUUAACUAUCAAAGAAUGGGAAGAUAAAGGCUUAGAAAUAUCGAAAAGAGGUUUUCAAUUAAUUGAAAAAGUUAUUUUGCUGCGGAAGCGAAAAGAGGAGCUUCUAUUUGAAGUACAAAAUAUGAUUGAUGUACAUGCUGAAAAACUUAUUCAGCGAGAAGAAAGUUUACGUUUACGAGCAUUAGAUGUUAAAAAACGUGGAAGGGAAUUACUGGAUGAUGUAGGUGCAUAUUGA